AUGUCCGCUGCCGCAAGACCAGUUAUUAGUGUAUUUUCUCAAUCUGGUGAAGGUGUUACUGCUACCGUAACCCUCCCAGCUGUUUUCAAGGCUCCAAUUCGUCCAGAUAUUGUUAACUCUGUUCAUACCAACAUUGCUAAGAACAAGCGUCAACCAUACUGUGUUUCACCACAAGCUGGUCACCAAACCAGUGCUGAAUCAUGGGGUACUGGACGUGCUGUUGCUCGUAUUCCACGUGUUUCUGGUGGAGGUACACACCGUGCCGGACAAGCUGCUUUUGGUAACAUGUGUCGUGGUGGUCGUAUGUUCGCCCCAACCAAGACCUGGAGAAAAUGGCAAAUCAAGACCAACCAAAACCAAAAGAGAUACGCCACCGUUUCUGCUGUUGCCGCUACUGGUGUUCCAUCUCUUGUUUUCGCUCGUGGUCACAAGAUCGAUAAUGUUGAAGAAAUUCCACUUGUUGUUGCUAACGAUGUUGAAUCAUACACCAAAACUAAGGAAGCUAUUUCUCUCUUAAAAUCUAUCAAUGCUUACGCUGAAGUUGAACGUUGCAUUGCUUCUAAGAAGCUCCGUGCCGGUAAGGGUAAGAUGAGAGGAAGAAGAUACACUCAACGUCGUGGUCCACUCGUUAUUUUCAACGAAGACAACGGUAUUACUAAGGCUUUCAGAAACAUUCCAGGUGUUGAAACUGCCAAUGUCAACGCUCUUAACCUUUUACAAUUAGCUCCAGGUGGUCACUUAGGUCGUUUCGUUAUCUGGACUCAAGGUGCUUUUGAAAAGCUUGACUCUGUCUUCGGUACUUUCAAGAAGGCUUCUGAAGCUAAGAAGGAUUACAAGCUCCCACAAACUAUCCUUACUAAUGCUGAUCUUCCACGUAUUAUUAACUCUGAUGAAAUUCAAAGUGUUGUUAAGGCUGCCAAUGAAAAGCACACCAAACGUCCAUUCACUCAAAGAAAGAACCCACUUAAGAAUGUUGGUGUUUUAGUUAGAUUCAACCCAUACGCCCAAACUGUCAGACGUGCUGCUAUCCUUAACGAAGAAGCUCGUGCUAAUGGUAAGGCUAAGGCUGCUGCUAAGGCUAAGAAGGUCCAAAACAAGGAAUGGAUUGCUGCUCUUAAGAACUAG